UAACCUGAUUAGUAGUCCCUUAUUGGUAGUGAAAAUUCGAUGGUAAAAAUAGGAAAGACCCACCACAGUCGAUGUGCAGGACGGCAUUUGCAACCGGAUGCAAGCGUGCGUGACAAUUUAGAAUUAAAGGCUAGUGAAUCGGACGCGGAAAGUUAGUUAGAUAAUUGCCCAGCAUGUUCUUUCGCCGCAUUUUGGAGCGUAAGGAUAGCUCUACCGCCAGCGCAGCGCCGCUUUCCGGGGCUAAAAACGGAUACAACAGCGAGGACAGUGAGAGUGUCACCUACCUGAGUGGCACUGCCAGUGGCGCCGCCGCCAGCGAAGUCAAGGACAGUAAUAACAACAGCAGCAACAACACGAACCCGUCCGUUAUGAAAGUGCAGCGCCGGAUGGAGGCCCCAAUCGGAGCCGUGCAGCUGACGCCGUUGUGGGAGCACGUUCUCCGCACCCGUCGCCUGCCGGAAACAAUUAGCGCAUCUGCUAUUUAUGCAGAGUUCCAUGAGAGGCUUCAGGAUCCCGAGUGGCAGGUGCGCCAGCACGCCCUCCGCGUCCUCGUCGACGUGCUGGUGGUAAUGCAGAACGCGGCCGAUGAGUACAUGGAGGCGCAGCAAAUCGUUGCCCUGCUGGUGAGGAAUCUUGGCCACCAGGCCCCCACAGUGCGCAAGGGGGCUCUCGACUGCCUGCGGGUGUAUCUGGCCGAGACCGACGUUCCCGAAACCGUCAUGACCCGCAUCCUCGAUUCCGGGCUUACCAAGUCGGACGUCGCCGGCCGCCUGAGCUGUGGUGUCUUGCUCUCCCUUCCGGCCCUACUUCAGUCGGUGCUGCAUACUCCCAGGAGACGUGGCAUUGUUCAGUUGAUUCUGGAGCGAGCCGUCCAGUACCUGGACCAACUCACCCAGCAGGAGCUCGGCCUCAAGGUUCUGUCCAAGAUCAAGGAGCUUCUGGGGGUCCAAGAAUUCGAGGAUGGCAUGAAUGACUUGGCCAGCAGCGACGCCCUCGCCAGGUUCUAUCAGCUCUGUCAGGUCUAUGGGGUGACAGGAGCUCCAAGACUGAACGAGGUGAAAACAGGAGCUUGGCGAGCUGUUCCGCGCGAGGAAAGCUGGAGGAACUCGGCGAGCAGCAUCAAGAAGCUGGACAACUGCCCGGAGAAGGGAAAGGUCAUUAUGGAGACGGAAAUAAAGAUAAACGAGGACACCGUGACAAUGCGCAUCCUCGAGGCGGACACGGAAACAGAGGAGUCCGGCAGCCCGGUCAGAAACUUUCCAUCCGACAGGGAGUCUGCGGAGCUGGUCUGCCGUCCUCUCCUGCCCACUGCCUUGAACCACCACCAGCACCAUGUGGCGGCUGGUAUCGUGCAGGUCAUCAGCGACUCCGAGUUGGACGAACCUAAGGGCGCGAGGCCGCAGAGCCUCUCCGAGCCGAGCACGCCCUCACGCGGCUUGAAGCGGGUGACCUUCGGAGGGGAAAUCGUGAAGAUGCGAACCCCGGAUAGCGACGCUGCCUCCUCCAUGAACAACGGAACUAAGAGGAGUUCCGAACAGACCGAAGAGGCCAUAACUAUACUGGCUGUGGAGAAGUCGGUUCCGCUGCCGUCACCGUCACCCUCGCUGUCCCCGGGGCCGGAGGAGGCACCAGCAGUGAACAUCCUAAGCCCAACAUCAAGCAGCACCGUCACAUCAGAGCUCGUUUUAGACAUCCCCUCGGACAACACCCAGCCCUUACCACCUUCGUCGAGCAGACCCUUCAGUUCCCAAUCGCUCCGCCGCCCGAGUGUUGCUUCCAGCGACCAGUCGACGGAUAGUCCCCGCAAGCGCCAGGAGCCGGAGUCGGCAAAGGCUACGAUAUCGCCCCGGUCCCCGGCGUUCCUCCGCAGCCGCAGCACCAGCCCAUCCCAGGUCAGCCCCAAGAUCCCGCACAAGGAAAUCGAGGUGCUGCACAACCUCCAGCAGCGGGAUGUCUCACCACGGUCCCUGCGCCACGAGGAUGUCGAGGCCGCGAUGGAGUCUCCCCCGCCCGCACAACAGCGGAAAGCGCGCAGUGCUUCAAUUGUGUCGACGGAGUCACCGGCGACGCCCAAGUCCUGGGAGGAUCUGGACAUUGUCACCUACCAGACGAUCAUGGACCUGUGGUCCGGGGAUUGGCGCAACCGCCUGCAAGGCAUCGCUGACCUGGAGGUCUCCCUAAGCUCGUCGAGCAACCUGGCUCUGGUGCAGCCAUACCUGGACAGCCUUCUGCGUUCGCUUCUCUCUUCGGAACGGCGCUAUGAGGUAGCAGAACUGAAGCGGGAGCUGUUGGUGAAUCUGAUCAGCCGCCUGCCCCUGGACAACUUGGAGGAACGCACUCCCCAGAUCCUGACGGGGCUGAGUCGCCAGGGCAGUGCCGGAGCCAACCGGGUGUGCAAGGCUCUGAUGCAGAGGCUGCCGGCAGGGACUAUUGUGGCCAAGCUGACCAACCCCGACUUCCUGCACGCCAAGAGUUCAAAGUUCCGCGACCACGCGCUGCAAAUGUCCAUAUGCGCCCUGAUGACCUUCCCCGGCACCUGCUUCGACAUCAACCUGCUGACGGCUCAGGCCGUGUACUCCCUGCUGAACCGCAAGCGGCGAGUGCGCCAGUCAGCCCUAGAAGUGAUUGCUGUCCUGGCGGACAUAUCCUCGGUAAAGGAAGUCCUGAGCAUUGUCUCCGAUACGGCCGUCGGGGUGGACCAGGGAGCCCAGAUGUUGGAGGCAGUGCGUAUGCGUCUCUCCCGCCUGCAGCUGCCAGUUGUGACGCCGGACAGCGCGGUGAUCUUUGUCUUCAACCAGGCCGACCAGCCCGGAGGCAGGCGCUCAGGGGCGGAUGUGGACUGGAUUUUCCAGGGCGAGGGCUCGGCCUCCCCGAACACCAUUAAGAGGCGUCGCAUGCGGGCGGCCAGUCGUCCACCCGGGAACUUUCAGGAGGCAGCAGAUGCCAAAGAUUCGAAGGAAAAGUUUCGUAGUUUCAGCCAAGUCAGCGAUGGCCUGCAUCGACACUCUUUUCACUCCCCUCCGGAAACUUUGGACAUGACCAGUCCAGCAAAUGACUUUUCCCAGAGAUUAAGUUUUGGAGCUAGAACAGCCAAUGGAGGCGCUGCCAGCUUCGCCGAUCGUCGCCUGGUGGCCAAGGCGUGCUCCGACACUUCGAUGGAGGUCCGAAGCACGGACAGCACGACCACCACCUCCAGCAGCGGGAGUGCCGCCCUCAGCUACUUGCAUCUCACAGCCCGCACAGUAGGCAAGUUCUCAGGACCCGGGUUCAGAUUCCCAACCAUGAGCCAGCACACGGACUUUGUAAACAACUUUAUGCGCAGCUACCCGAAGGAGGAGCCCAAGAUCAGCUACUCCAACCCCAAGCCGCAUCAGCAGGUGCGCAAGAUGCUACAACACCAGAAUUCCUUUACCCGUGGCUCCGUGGCUACUCAAGGUACUUCCUUCUAUAAUCCUGACUUGCGGCUUUCACAAAGCUUCCUUUCUGUAGGAGGAGAGCCUCACAGGCGGGAGCAACGCCAUUUCGAGCUGGAGGGCCACCCACAGGCCUCGCUGGACCCCGAGCAUGCGUUCUCCUGUGGCGGUCAGCCGGUCAAUAUUCUGCGAAAGACACGCACGCUCCUCCACUCGGUGCGGGCGAGCAUCUGCCAGAGGGCCGUGGAGGCCCACGCCACGCUGUGCCGCGGUUGUUGCACUGACGCGGCCCACAAGUGCAGAAAAUCGAUUCCCGUCGAUCCCGACGGCGGGACGGAUGAAGCCGAUGGUGGGCCCCUUGAGCCCAUCGAGGUGUUCAGCCCUCCGCCAGACACCGAAAAAGACCCAGUUUACAUAUUGUUCGGGGAUCUUAAUCCGGCUUCGAAGGCGGCUCAUCCGGGGUCGAAGGCGGUGAUAGCGACGGAAGUGGCGCCGACCGAAGGCUCUCCCCUCUCCCUGAAGUCCACCACUUACUCGCAAAAGUCCACAGCCUCAGCCAAGUCCUGCGGCAGCCACGUCAACUCCCCCAGGGGCUCUAACAACCAGGCCGAAGGACGGCUGGAGAUGCUUAGCCUGGAGCGGAGUCCCGGCGAUGCCUUCGGGGAACUCGUCGUGGAUGACAUUGAAGAGGGGGAGAUAGAGCCACCCACCCAAGAGGAGUCUCUGAAGCGCCAAGGGAGCGUCAACAGCCUGCACAGCAAGACGGAGAGCAUCAAGACCCAGCUGGAGGACACCACGCCACAGCUGUCGAGGGCCCAGUCGGUCAAGUCGCUGCCAAUCGAGGAGGACAUUGAGGAGGGGAGCAACAGCUUCGUGGUGGUCGAGGAAGUGCAGCACGAGCUGAAGUCCACGCCCACAAAAAUCUCGCAGGAGGAGUCGAUGGCAGUCACCGAAGUUGCCCACUUUGCUCCCAAGAGUGGGCCGUCGUCUCCCCACUUGGGUCUUCAACCGCGAAGCCUUUCCCUCGAAUCGCUUUACGGAGCCCGUCCUGGCUCAAAGCAGGGAUCCCUUGACACCAGCACCACAGACAACACUUCACAGUCUGGCUCCCAGCUUGGCAACACUGUGGCUGCGUCAUCAUACUCUGGUCCAAAGUCCGGAUCUGGCAAUGCUCAGAACACUCCGCUGAAACAAAAGUCCAAGUCGUGCUUCAUGCGGGGGCGCCGCCGCGUGUCGCCGGUGAAGCAGGCCAUCAAGAUGCCCCAGCCAGAGCUGUUUCCGCAGAACAUGGCGCGCUUUGAGAAGCCCCGGGAUGCCCUGCUGAAGACGUUCGACCAGCUGGAUGAAAACAACUGGGAGACGAACAUGCUCGGCCUCAGGAGCAUGGUGCGCUUGAUCAGGCACCACGCCGAAACACUGGACCAGCAGAUGCACAUGUUCUGCAUCCAGCUGACCCGCUCAGUGCGCAACUUGCGCUCCCAGGUAGCCCGCGCCGCCUGCCAGGCCGCCGCCGAGCUCUUCUCGCUGAAGUCCUCUACCUUGCAGCAGGAAUCUGACGACCUGGUUGGCGCUCUGCUCCAUCGCACCGCAGACACAAAUCGGUUUAUCCGUGCCGACGCUACCCGGGCUCUGGAGUCGAUGGUGGACCACUCCCCGCCACCGAAGAUCCUCAACAUUAUCACCACAAAGGGCGCGCAGCACCAAAACGCUCUGGUGCGCACUACCACAGCCAAGCUGCUUCUCCGGCUAGUGGAGCGGCUGGGCAGCGAGCGCGUCUAUGCCAUGAGCCGGGAGAACCGCGACAAGUUCUUCGUGGUGGGCGCCAACCUGCUACUGGAGGGCAGCCUGGAGACGCGCAGCUACGCCAAGUCCCUGUUCCGCGCCCUGUCCGACAACCCCCACUACCAUCGGCUGCUCUUCGAGGUGAUACCUCCGCGCACGUACCGAAAUGUUGAGAAAUCGCUGCGAGCCAUCACCCGCUAAACGAUCGGGAGCAGGGUUCUGACCCGCAUCCCACGUAUUGUUAAUUAAAUCAGUUUCUAAGUUAAUACAUAUCUAUUUAGAUACUAAAU